AUGUCAGCAUCACUAUUGCCAUUCGAAAUCAUCUCCAUCAUUGCAAACCUUCUUCCGCUAAAAGAAAAACUAUGCUGUACCACAGUUUGCAGGACAUGGAAAACACCAUUUCAAGAAUCCUUGUGGACCGCAAUGGAUAUUUUUGGCAGGCGGAAACUUGAAUCAAUCUGCGACACAACCAGCUCGUCAAAUAUCUAUCAGACCUCUGGCUACCGCGUACAGACACUGAGUUUGGCGUGGAGACUUGGCGUGAACGAUGAACAGCUACAUGCCUUCCAACAACUCUUUCCAAACAUCAAACAGCUUCACAUACGACAAGGAAGUCUGAGCAAAGAAAACUUUGGAAAGUCAACAGACUGGAAUCUUUGGAGAUUUUUAACUCAUUUGAAUGUCAGUUUAUCCUGGCUUGGCUUGGAAGACGAACCCAAGGAGCUUGUUCGCAUCCUAUCUUUUCUUCCACAUCUCAAUCGGUUGGAGUACAGUGAUGCCGCAAUGGAUCAAAAGCGACUCUACACGUGGGAGAACAUUGAGGCUAUUCACGCUCACUUACCCCACUUAAGCUAUCUAUCCAUGGCCGUCUAUCUGGACGUUAUUUCCGAGAGGGAUCUUUCACGGAUCGCAAAUAUCGAGCACACAAAUGCGUUAACAUCUUUGAGGCUCUGUGUGGAUAAUAUGGACCUGUGGUGGAUUUAUUAUUUUGCUCAAAAAUACCUUGGUAUUCACAGUCUGGAACUGAGAGUAGAUACCGAAUACUUUAGGCCAAAAGAUUAUCUAGAGACUGCCAAACCAGUAUUCUCAACUCUGACCAAAGCGUUCCCAAAUUUAAAAACGGUAUUGUUUUCGAGUAGGCCAAAUGUCGAGUUGUCUCAGAAAGUGCUUUGGGAUCUUUUCGGUCGGGUUUCUGUUUCACUAAAGAAACUCACUCACGAGGUGGGGUGUAACGACUUACCCAAAGCAUUAUUGACGCAAUCAGCUAUUGAAAGCAUACGGUCUUGUUCGACCACUCUUGAAACUCUUUUAAUCUCAAGUCCUGUUGACCUUUCAGACAAGUUUGGUGUGCAAAAUGCUCUGGGAUCAUGUCGCUGUCUUGUCGAUCUGCACAUUAUGAAUUACAACCUGCCACUUGCAUUUAAUACCUUGCUAGAUAGCUGUGUAAAUGUGAAGCGACUGACCUUAAAUGUCGAGGCUAUCUGUGAACCAGCAUCAUCAUCCUCAUUCACAGAAACAGUAACAAAGUUGCAUGGGCUACAAAUGCUAGACAUUAGCCGAGCAACUAUUAACGCAGAGCUUUUUGGCUACAUAUCACGACGCUGCAAACAUUUGAAAUACAUGCGCCUUGCUGACAUUAAUGUGAUUGGUCAACCCUCGGAGAAUACAGGCAACAUCUGUCUUGACAUGACAUCCACCCGAUUUGAUUAUCUGGAGCUCAAUCGCGUGCUGUUUUAUGGAUCAGCAAAAAAGUGGGGGCCUGAGAAUAUUAUAAAUAUGAUGGUUCUUGCCCAAAAGAAUAAUAUAAGUCUUUCAGGUCAGUCUCUUGAAGAUAGUUUACCCAAGGAGCGUAUUAUAGUCCCAAGCGAAGAGUCUGUCUGGCUUCACUUGAACCAAACUCCAACUUCAUUUCCUUGGAUGCAGAGGUGGCGGGUUCUAAAGUCUAAUGAAAUCAAGGUUGCCUGUAAAUACUUUUGGGACUUUCAAGGGAAUAGUGGUAUAAAUAAAGGCUACUCUGGUACUAGUCAUACCGAUGUCGAGCGCUCGGAUAUGGGACAAGUUUCUUGGUACAACUGGAAGCAGGAUCUUCCUAGAGGUUAUGCUUUGCUGUGCUGUAAAGUUGCUAAUAAAUACGAAAUCAACACUUGCCGAUAUCCUGACAAUAAUUCUUGGGAAUCACUUUACAGAUACCUUAAAUAA